GGUGCCGGACGGUUUGGACUUUGUAUCCUGGGGGUGCUAAGUGGGGAGGCUGGGGGGCCCGAAUGAUCUCAAGUGCCCUACUGGCCUGACUGCAUCUCUGAUGUCCCAGAGGAAUUUGCUUUCUACACAACCCCACAACCCAGACUGUAACGCCUGUGAAUCUGGGAUAGGGGGUGUUUUUCACAUUCCCUGCUAGCAAGCUUGCACCUCCAUUGGAAGUAGUAAUUCAUUCACCAGUUGGACUACACAUCCUUUAAUAGUGGAGUUGGCUUCCAUUGCUGCACAGCUUGGAUUACAUUGCUAAGGAGGUAUUAGGGCCUUUCUUCAUUCAGAAUUUUUUUUUUUUAACUCAUCAUGGUGGUCUUCAACGGUGUGUUAAAGAUAAAGAUUUGCGAGGCUCUGGACCUCAAGCCUACAGCAUGGUCCCUGCGACAUGCUGUUGGCCCCCGGACCCAAACCUUUUUGUUGGACACCUACAUGGCUCUGAAUGUAGAUGACUCACGGAUUGGACAAACAUCCACCAAACAAAAGACCAAUAGCCCUACUUGGAACGAUGAGUUUGUGACAGAAGUCAGGGAUGGAAGGAAAAUUGAGCUGGCCGUUUUUCACGAUGCACCCAUUGGUUAUGACGAUUUUGUGGCAAAUUGUAUCAUCCAGUUUGAGGACCUUUUGCAGAAUGGGAGCCGCCACUUCGAGGACUGGGUAGACUUGGAGCCAGAAGGGAAAGUCUAUGUAGUAAUUGAUCUGUCUGGUUCUUCAAGUGAAGCCACUGCCUCCCAAGAGAAUGAGGAACGGGUAUUCCGAGAGAGGAUGCGGCCCAGAAAGCGGCAAGGGGCUGUGCGACGCCGAGUACACCAAGUUAACGGGCACAAGUUCAUGGCCACCUACCUGAGGCAACCCACGUACUGUUCCCACUGCAGGGACUUUAUCUGGGGAGUCAUUGGAAAACAAGGCUACCAGUGUCAAGUUUGUACCUGUGUUGUGCACAAAAGAUGUCAUGAACUUAUCAUUACAAAGUGUGCUGGUCUGAAGAAGCAAGAGGCAACCCCUGAUGAGGUUGGAUCUCAACGUUUUAGUGUCAAUAUGCCUCAUAAGUUCAGCAUCCAUAACUACAAAGUCCCAACGUUUUGUGACCACUGCGGCUCUCUCCUCUGGGGUUUGCUACGACAAGGCCUUCAGUGUAAAGUUUGCAAGAUGAAUGUACAUAGGCGUUGUGAAACAAAUGUUGCCCCCAACUGUGGAGUGGAUGCGCGAGGAAUCGCCAGAGUGCUGGCAGACUUGGGAGUCACACCAGACAAAAUCAAUAGUGGCAAUCGACGGAAAAAGCUCGUUCCAGGAGCUGACCCUCAGCAGUCAGUCCCAGGUACACCACAGUUGGAAGAGGAUCGUUCCAAAUCGGCACCUACGUCACCUUGUGAUCAAGAAAUAAAGGAGCUUGAAAAUAACAUCAGGAAAGCUCUGUCCUUUGACAACCGGGGUGAAGAGCAUAAGAUGGCUGCCUCUGCAUCCACAGAAGGUAGUCGGGAGAAUGGCGAAGUGAAAGCAGCACAGACCAAACGAAUGAACCUUGAGGACUUUGUCUUCAUUAAAGUAUUAGGAAAGGGCAGCUUUGGCAAGGUCAUGCUGGCUGAACUAAAAGGUACCGAUGAGGUUUAUGCUGUUAAGGUCCUCAAAAAGGAUGUAAUUCUGCAGGAUGAUGAUGUGGACUGCACUAUGACAGAAAAACGUAUUUUGGCCCUAGCACGAAAGCACCCUUAUCUCACCCAGCUGUUCUGCUGCUUCCAGACAAAGGAUCGACUCUUCUUUGUCAUGGAGUACGUCAAUGGAGGUGACCUCAUGUUCCAAAUCCAGCGUUCCCGCAAAUUUGAUGAAGCCCGAUCCAGGUUUUAUGCAGCAGAGGUUACGUCAGCUCUUAUGUUUCUACACCAGAAUGGAGUCAUCUACAGAGACUUGAAACUGGAUAACAUCCUUCUGGAUGCUGAAGGACACUGCAAACUGGCAGACUUUGGGAUGUGCAAAGAGGGGAUUCUAAACGGAGUCACAACAAUGACGUUUUGUGGGACACCUGACUACAUUGCACCUGAGAUCCUCCAGGAGUUGGAGUAUGGCCCAUCUGUGGACUGGUGGGCCUUAGGUGUCCUAAUGUACGAGAUGAUGGCUGGCCAGCCUCCCUUUGAAGCAGACAAUGAAGAUGACCUGUUUGAAUCUAUCCUGCAUGAUGAUGUUCUCUAUCCCGUCUGGCUGAGCAAAGAGGCCGUGAGCAUCCUGAAAGCGUUUAUGACAAAAAGUCCCAAUAAGAGGCUGGGUUGUGUGGCCUCACAAGGUGGGGAAGAUGCCAUCAAGCAACAUCCAUUCUUCAAAGAGAUUGACUGGGUGCAGCUGGAACAACGCAAAAUCAAGCCACCAUUCAAACCACGAAUUAAAACCAAAAGGGAUGUGAACAACUUUGAUCAAGACUUCACACGCGAGGAGCCCGUGCUUACACCGGUAGAGGAUGCCGUCAUUAAGCAAAUCAACCAGGAUGAAUUUAAAGGUUUUUCAUACUUUGGAGAAGAGCUUAUAUCGUAAGAUGUGACAGGAUGCGUGGCAUGGAGAAGGACUGGAAAAAAAAAAAAGAAAAGAAUGAAAUUAAAAUGCCGAAAGCAGGAACAAGCUGAACCGAUCAACUCGUCAAGUAUUAAUGCAACAGAGGCCCAUCUUCCUCAGUUGAUGGGAAGUUCUUUUCUCCUCAUUGCACUUGUCCAUUUUGGUGUACUGCUUUGGUGGAUGCAAAACACUGCCAUAUUGAAUUCCACUCCAAGCCAAUCAAUAGUUCCCUUUAGUGUAACCCAGACACUCGUACCCAAAGCGUGGUGAUAACCCAGAGUGACUGCACCCUGAUCUAGCAGGCCAUUAGCCCAGAAUGCAUUUAAACCCCACCAUUCUCUAAAUAAAUUGUGCAUCACUACAGUUGAAAGUAAAUGAGAGGUCAUGGUGCGACACUAAUUACCCAGAGGACUGUUUAUCCAGUAGUGUGCAAACGGGUGUAUGCUAAGCCAAAGAACAGGGGAUUCACUAGUCCAGACUGGGCAACGUGGAGGUUAAGUUAGUGGGCCACUCCUUAUACCAGGAUGUUACAUUUCCAAAAUCUCUGCUGAUGAUCACUUGAAAAUCAAAUGUGUGUGCAUGCAUGUGCUUCAAGAAUACGAUAACCAUAGUGUCAUACUUUGGAUACUGGACCCUUUCCCCGCCUGCCUCAUGAAGGAAGAAGCACUCAAAACAUUUUGUCAGUUACAGACCAUCUUCACUACCUUGCUUGUUGAAUAGUAAGGACCUUGAGGUAAUAAGAUACUUUCUGCAUUUUUUCAAUAUUGUGUUAAAGAAGUGUACACCUUGUGUCAGAUACAGAAUACAUGUAUGCAUGUGUGUAGUCACACAUUAUAUAUAAAUGUAUAUAACUUAUAAAUGGUUUAUAAAUAUAUAUAAUGCAUACAUUUGCACAGUUUGUGUAUAUGUACAUACAUACAUAUAUAGAAUGACAUAUGCACAAUAUUAAUAGAAAUAUAUACAUUUAUGUAUAUAUUUAAGAAAAAUGCAGAAAUCUAUAUCAAAUCAUUUUUAAAAUGUAUCACUUGCUCAGAUGCCUGUGCUGUGUCUGUGUUCACAUCUAAACAGCACACACACACACACACACACACACACACAGGGUCCUAUACGAGUAAACCCAGCCCUGCUGUUGGACGUGUGGAUCUGAGGCAGGUUUUCAUCCAAAUCACGUGUUCUCUCAAUGGCCAUGUGCAUUUUUUUUAAUCAGCUUGUCACUGUCACAGCCAGGAAAAAAAACAAAAACUUUAGAAUUGCAAAGAGAAGUUUCUUGCAUUUUUAGUUUUUUUCCACUCUUUGAAAAGUAGUGUGCAUUUAUUUUUAAUUUUAACUGAAUGGAUAUUUUCUGACAUUUUUCAAAAUAAAUGGCUACCACAAAGGAAGUUGUAGGUCAGGUUAAGAAGAUGCAAAAGAAAAAAAAAAUGGGCAUGCUGCCAUGGAAAAACACAAGUUAAGAAAAACACAAUUAUUGUAAAUCUUGGGAUAAGGUUUAAAAAAAAAAAAAAGUCUCUUUCAUGAAUUCCCAAAUAAUAGACCAAUUACUUGAUAGUGUAUAAAUUAAAGUAAAAUGUAAUCCUUUCUUGCUGGACCUAAGAGUUAGUAGGAGUUAGUAAUCAAGCAGAAAGAAGAAAAUCUUGUUUAGAAGAGAAAAAAAAAAA